CCAAAAGGACCUGGAAACAAUAUAGAUGUAUACUUGCAACCGUUGAUUGAAGAGUUGCAAGUGCUUUGGGAAGUUGGUAUGGAGACUUUUGAUGCAGCCACAAAUCAAACUUUUCAGUUACGUGCAGCAGUUAUUUGGACAAUCAAUGACUUUCCUGCAUAUGCUAAUUUGUCUGGAUGGAGUACUAAAGGAGAGUAUGCAUGUCCCUCUUGUGGAUAUGAUACCAAUUCUAAGUGGUUAAAACAUAGUAGAAAACAUUGUUACAUGGGCCAUCGUAGAUGGUUGAAACCUAACCAUAGGUUUCGUAAUGAUAAACUUUCUUUUGAUGGGACACAAGAAUUUAGAAAUGCUCCAUCACCAUCAUCCGGCAUUGAAGUGUUGAGACAAGUGGAAGAUAUGAAUGGUAGCAAAGAUGGACCUUGGAAAAAGAAGAGCAUCUUUUUCACAUUGCCUUAUUGGAAACAUCUUCUAUUGCGUCAUAAUCUUGAUGUCAUGCACAUAGAAAAAAAUGUAUGUGAUAACAUCUUUGGCACAUUGAUUGGACAAGAUGGGAAAUCAAAGGACACUUAUAAGUCCAGACUUGAUCUUGUUGAAAUGGGUAUCAGGAGUGUUCUUCAUCCCAAAACUCGUCCUGACACUAAUAUUCAAUAUUUACCACAAGCUUCCUAUCAGAUGAGUUUGGAAGAAAAAAAUACUUUUUUGAAGAUUCUCAAGGAAAUGAGAACUCCAGAUGAAUAUUCUUCUAAUAUCUCACGUUAUGUGCAACUUAAACAACGGAAGCUCAUAGGACUGAAAAGUUAUGAUUGCCAUUUAUUAAUGCAAGAAUUUCUUCCCAUAGCAAUAUGAUGUUCUUUACCUGAAAAGGUGUGCUCAGUUCUAAUUGACUUGUCCAAUUUUUUUAAAGACCUUUGCUCUAAGGUUCUUCAAGAAAGUGACUUUGAUUUGCUUGAGUAUCGAGCUGCUUCAACUUUAUGUGAAAUGGAGAAAAUUUUUCCUCCAUCUUUUUUUACCAUAAUGGUACAUUUGGUUAUUCAUUUAGCAAAUGAAGCAAGACUUGCUGGUCCAAUCAUAUAUCGGUGGAUGUAUCCUGUUGAGAGGUUUCUUCUUACGCUUAAGACAUAUGUGCGUAAUAGAGCUAGUCCAGAGGGUUCAAUUGCAGAAGGCUAUUUAGCUAAUGAAUGUUUAACUUUUGCUUCACGAUAUCUAGUGGGGACUGAAACUAGCUUCAAUCAAUCAAUUAGAAAUGAAGAAGAUCGAAAUGUUGCUAUUGAUGAAGAAGUAUCCAUUUUUGCAAAUGUUGGAAGACCGUUGGGAAGGAAAAAAAAUAAAGGCUUUAGUAGUAACAAGCGUAAGAGGGUCUCACGUAUUACACUUGACAACCAAACUUUGGUGCAAGCACAUCGUUAUGUGUUGUUCAAUUCUGAUGUAGUUGCUCCAUUUUUACGGAAGCAUGAGCAAUUUAUUAAGAGGCGCAAUCGCUCCCCACGUCUUUCGCCUUAUGAGAUACAAAAGUUGCAAAGUGAAACAUUUCAUGAUUGGUUUCAUGAUCAUGUUACACAAUUGGAGCAACAAGGAAAUGCAAAUAUCACCGAUGAACUUAGACUACUUGCUCGUGGUCCAAUGGAUACGGCAAGGAGAUACACUGGAUACAUUGUUAAUGGUUUUAGAUUUCACACCAAAGCUCGUGAAAGAUUGUUGAGAACUCAAAAUAGUGGGGGUUGUUGUUACAGCUAAGAUGAUGAGUUAUGCAAGUUCAAGGGAUGCACGACCUAUUGAAGGAGAAAUUAACUAUUAUGGGGCUUUAACUGACAUCAUUCAACUAAACUACAGUGGUAGAUUCAAGGUUGUUUUAUUUAAAUGUGAUUGGAUCGAUCCAAAUAGAGCUAAGAAGGUCUUUUAUGUUCAAGAUGAAAAGAAUAAAGAUUGGCUUAUUGUCAAGCAUGCAAAACUUAGGGACAUAUAUGAUAUAGGUGGUGGAUCAUCCUUUGAUAGGGGUCAAGGGAGUGCAGAAGUACAAGUUGAUGACUCACAUGACACUACAAAAUGGAUUCGAAAUGAAGUUGAUGGAGUGGAGGUCACACAAGAGAUGGAAACGGCACAUGAAGAAGAACAAGCUCUUUAUGAACAUAAUGAGGACCUUUUUUAGAUCUAUUUUAUGAUUUAAUCUCGUGUUAUAGAUGUUGAUUGUAGAACCAAGUUUGUUCAUUUUAUUUUGUUGAUGUGACUAUGUGGGUAUGAAGUUUAAUUUG